UAAGUAAAUAAUAAAAUAUGGAACAAACACAACAAGAACUUGGAAUCAAAGUAUACAAUGCAACACCACCACCACAAGAGACAACGUCCGUCACACAUCAACCGUCCGAUCAACCGGAACCCGGCAAGAAACGCCGCGCCAUAAUGGCAAAAAGCGUCCAAAAAACACUCUCAAAAACAUCCCUACUCGGAAACUUUCUUCCCACCGGAACACUCAUCACAUUCGAAAUGGUCCUUCCUUCAAUUUAUAGAAACGGACAAUGCACUCACGUUCACAUCAUAAUGAUGCAUUUUCUCUUAAUAAUGUGUGCACUCUCUUGUUUCUUCUUUCAUUUUACCGACAGUUUUCACGGCGCUGACGGUAACGUUUACUACGGUUUUGUUACUCAAAAAGGGUUAUCCGUUUUUAAACCGGGUCUUGCCGUUUUGGUUCCUAAUGAUGAAAAGUAUAAAGUUGGUUUUCAAGAUUUCGUUCAUGCGGUUAUGUCGGUUAUGGUUUUUGUGGCUAUAGCUUUUUCAGAUUAUAGGGUUACUAAUUGUUUGUUUCCUGGACAUGAAAGGGAGAUGGAUCAAGUUAUGGAGAGUUUUCCAUUAAUGGUUGGAAUUAUUUGUAGUGGUUUGUUUCUUAUUUUUCCUACUUCAAGGCAUGGUAUUGGAUGUAUGUCUGCAUGAUUUUAUUUCUAUGUAGUUUUGUUGGUGUACGUGUUGCUUUGUUUAAUUAUCUUGUGUAUUCAUGUUUGUGUAUAUAUGAAAAUAAUAAUUAAUGUGAA